AAUCAAAGCUGAUGACUCUACGAAGGGACCUGUCUUUCAUGCAAACUCACACCCACUUCCCAAAGUAUAAAAUCUAGGUAGAGUGGUUUGGAUUCCUCACAUUCACACAAACCAUCCUUCCGGUGACAUUCAGAUUAAGGCUCUUUAAUUACAGCACACCAUGUCCUCCUAUAGUAUCAGGCAAACUUCCACUUCUUCAGGAACCACAGGGGGCUUGGGUUUGGGUGGCUAUGGUGGUGGUUCCAGUAGGCUAUCUGUAGGUGGCUAUCGGACCCCUAGCAUCCAUGGGGGAAGUGGUGGUAAAAAUGUUUCUAUCUCCACUGCAAGAGUUGUCUCAUCCGGGAUUGGUAGCGGUCAUGGUGGUGGCUUUAGUGGUGGCUUUGGUGGUGGCAUAGGUGGCAGCUAUGUGUCUAGCUUUAGUGGAGGUCAUGGUUCUGGAUAUGGCUUUGGAGGGGGAGCUGGUGGAGAUGGCCUUCUGUCAGGAGGUGAGAAGGAAACCAUGCAGAAUCUGAAUGACCGUCUGGCCUCAUACCUGGACAAGGUGCGAUCUCUGGAGAAAGCUAAUUCUCAGCUGGAGAUUCAGAUUCGUGAAUGGUAUGAGAAGCAGAAACCCAGUGUAUCCAAUGACUACAGUAACUACUACAAAAUAAUUGAGGACCUCCGCAACAAGGUAGCAAACAUUUCUCUACUUCCAGUGAACACAUCAGUGUAUCGUUAUUUUUUUAUAUUUCUCUCUAGUUCACUAUUAAUCUGUAUGUUGAUACAAAAACAUAUUUGAAUAGAUGAUACCAUGUACAACAACUCCCUAUUUUAUCCUAAGAUUGUAUAGCAUGAUAAUAUAGGUUAUGUAUAACAUUUUUUGUUAUCUGUUAUUUUCAUUGACCUCUAUUCAAUGUUUCGGUGGUUUAAACAGUUGUAUUUGUGCAGAUCAGUUAAAUUUCACAAUAUAAUAUGUAUUUUAAUUAUUUUUAAAUCAGGUCAUAAUAUGUUGGUAUAUUGUAAAUUGAUAUAAUAGAUAAUAAUAGCCUAAACUGAUCAACCUUAAAAUAUAUUCACUAACAUGAAAUGGGCUCAGUGACAUGUGAAGCUGGAUCUAAGCCUCCUUUAUAAUGUAUGGAUAGAGGAAAUUAACUUUCCAAUCUUUGACCUCCAGUUGUCCUUGGGCAAUAUUUCCCCUAGUUGGUUGUCUGCCAUAUUGUAAUCCAACAAUCACACCCCAGCUGUAAUAAAGCUGGUAAUACACAUUCACAUGUUAUUUCAUUUGUAAGGUGAUAAUGAACCCAGUGAACUGUAGACUGUAUAAUCUAUGGAAUAUGAUAAACAACUUUCUCCUUUACAAGGGGAUGUUUAUACAGUACAGAUUUAGUCAACUUACAAAGAAAUGAUGUCUGAAUCAACUUAAAUGCCAUUUCAUAUUACCCCUCAGCCCCAAGUAUGAGCAUGUUUAUUCAAGGUUGGGUUAUGUAUUUUUUAAUAAGGGAAGAUAUAUUGAUGAAAUAAUGGGCGUACUUGUGUAGAGGACACUUAAAUGGAAGUAUAUUUUUUCUAGAUGUAUGCAAAUAUAUAUGAAGUAGAAAAAACACUGCCUUUGCAAACUAAGUGAACAGUAGACAACACUUGCCAACUGAAUAAUGCCUAAAUUUGCUAAUUUUUAAAAGUUCUAACUUAUCAUAACAUUAUCUCAUGUAUCUCACAAAAUGUCAAAUUGCAAAGGUAUAUUUCCAUAUCUCCACUACAAGUUAACUUUCAGAUGGAAUUCUAAGCAACAUAAUCACUAAUGAUAACUGCAAACCUACUCCCAGCAUAACACUGUCAAACAAUCACUAUUGCUCAACAUUGAAAACACGGAAGUAGUAUUUCCACGUUAUCUAUGUGACUAAGGAGCAGUCUCUGAGAUUUGGAGGACCGACAGUUUAUGUCAAACUGUUCCCAAAGAGUCUAAAAUUAAAUUAGGGUACAGCUCCAGGACACUGCAUGUAACAUAAUACUUCUUCAGUGAGCUGUAGUGGUUAUGUGUCCCUUUCGUUACGUUUGGUGUACAGAAAAUAGGCUACCCCCAAAACCUUAACCUAGUACUGCAGAUGGAUUGCUUUUUCUUGAGUUUAGAACUCAUUGACUAAACAUUUAAUUACACAAUCGCCAUGUGUAUGCAGAAUUGUACUGGUACUGCACAAACUGGCAGCGACCUACAUAACCAUAACAUUAAUUUAUAUUGUUGACAUGACAAGGUGACUAAAACAUUCUGUGAAACAAUACACAAAAAGAAAGGAACAUAUUAAUGCAUUAUAAAAACAAACAAAAAAUAAAUAGAAUACCACUAUUCAGUACACGUUUUUGUCCCCUGUAUUAAUGAAUAGCUUCUAUCAUUUAGAAGAACAGGUGGUUGGGCAGUCAACCGGAAUUCCAUUAAAAGUAGGUUAACACCCUGUUCUGAACAUGAAUAUUCGUCUGUGUAGGCUGAUGAACUAAUUCAAGGUCAAAAACAUGACUUGUAUAAAGAAAAUAUAUUUUCACAAGGGUGACUCCAGAAUAAGUUUUAUAAGAAUAUUACUAUUUGAUAUCUAUAUAACAAUAUCAUAGCACAUAAGUGAUUUGCGAUUGCUGCUGAUUCUACAGGGCAUGAAAUAAUGCACAUUUUUUUGUAAAAACACUCGCAAAAUGAUUUAUAAGAAAUAAGCUGUCAUGUCAAGUAAUCUGAGGUUUUACAAAAAUUUCCUUCUGCACUGAAGGUAAUAUAUUCAGUACGUGAUAGGUAACUACUGACCUCUGAAUAUCCCUAUUUUGCACCAACAUUCUAGAAUCUCUCCCACUUCCGGGUCUAGUGAAAUACUCCAGAAAUGCAGGAGAACUCUUACGCAAUGCUGGUCCUUCCUUAGCCUUGUAAGGGAAAGUUAGUGAACUCGAACAUUAGCACGUGUUAGCAUCACGAACAAACAUGCCCGUAAAAGAAUACGCAGAUGUGAACAGUUGCACAAUUUAGAAACAGAGAUUUCCUCCCAUCCCUAUUUCAUGAAAUAUUAUUAGCACUUUCAUUAACAUAAAUACUUAUUUUUAAACACUUUUAGAAGUUUGUUAAGAAAAUUGAAAGCUAAUGUCUGCUAUAAAAAUAUGAGUUAGUAAUUUACUUAGCAUUUUUUUUGUUAUAAUGUAUAUGUUCUGUUACUAGUGGGGGACAGUCUAUGGGGAAUGACAAAUGUAAAAAAAUAUUACAAAAUGUUUGAAUUGUUUAGUAACUUUCUUUAACCCUUUCCCCUUCUCUUAGAUCCAGAAUGCUACCUUGGACAAUGCAAGCACCCUUCUGCAGAUUGACAAUGCCAGGUUGGCAGCAGACGAUUUCAGAACUAAGUAAGUUUGUUUUAAUUUGGCUCUUAAAUUGUUGCAUAGAGGCCAACGAUAUGCCCUAAAUUCUUUCAUCCUUCACCUUUAACCAAUGUUUUACAUCUGAUAAACAUAUUAAGACACACAAAGUAAGUCUUAAUCUUACACUUUUAUGAUCUGGUGGAUAAAAGCUGUGAAGUUUCCAUAUAAUAGCAAGGGUCAUCAAGCACAUUUUAUCGCAGCAUUCAAUGGCCCUUCUCAAAUAGCCUGCACGCAAAGGCCAAUAGAUUGAACACAAACAAAGAUCAUUGUUUGAGAAAUACAUGAUGGUAUUUUAGUAUCACCUGUGGCCAGAUGUGGAGCAGCAUUUAAAAUAGAGUAAAAAAAUACUUAGUAUUAUUGGCUGCUAAUAUGUAAGACAUUUCAAGAACCACAAGAAGUUCAGUUACAUACAUAUUUAUGUGCAUUGAUGGUUCAAAAUUUUAAGAGUGCUCUUUUGACUCAUUUCUAACAAGGUAUGAGAAUGAGCUGGCCCUUCGCACAAGUGUUGAGAGUGACAUCAACGGGUUGCGCAGAGUUCUGGAUGAGCUGACACUAACUAGGUCUGACCUUGAGAUCCAGAUUGAGAGCCUGAAGGAGGAGCUGGCAUACCUGAAGAAGAACCACGAGGAGGUAUCGUAAAAUUUGUGCCUAUUCAGACUGGUGAAAACAGUUGAAGUUCUAUCACUGAAAUGAUCUUUGAUGAAAAUACACUCAUAAACAAUUAUUUUUACACAGGAAAUGAACUCAUUCCGUGGACAAGUUGGUGGUCAAGUGAAUGUAGAAAUGGAUGCUUCCCCUGCUGUGGACCUUACUAAGAUUCUGUCUGAUAUGAGGGAUCAGUAUGAAGUUAUGGCUGACAAGAACCGCAGAGAAGUUGAAGCCUGGUACUUACAGAGGGUGAGUUAGUUAGAAUCUAUCUUUUUCAUAACAUUUUUAAGAUUAAUUUUAAACAAGGCGCUCAAUACUCAUCUUCCUUCUACAGACAGAAGAACUAAGCAAAGAAGUUGCCAGCCAUAGUGAACAGAUCCAGUCCAGCAACACGGAAAUCACAGACCUAAAACGCACAUUCCAAAGCUUAGAGAUUGAGCUGCAGACACAACUAAGCCUGGUAAGAUAUUUUCCACCAAAUAUAGGAUCUGACUCAGUUACACUGCCAUGAUGACACCGAAAUACUAUGCACCACAUAUUGACCAUUUCUGGAAAUAUGGUUACAUUUAAAUUUCAAUGUCCCAUGUGACCCGUCUCUUCAAGCCGAAAUUAUAUCUUGCAUAUAUAAGUUUAAAAUGUUGCCAUUGGAAAAAAAAGAUUGAAAGGUCCUUGAUAAAUAGGGUCACCCAGUAAUGACAAUGGAGUAAUAUGACCCAAUCUCUUUAGAAUGUCACAAAAAUAGGACACACCACUCCAUUUUGAUUGUGAGCUUGUUUGGACAGGGCACCCUUUACCUACCGUUCCCAUACGUCAUACAUGUUUUGCUAGAAUUAAUGUGUUUUCUAGUGUACAGCGGUGCAUAAUUUAUUGGCGCUAUAUAAAUAAUUGUAACUGUGGUUGGAAUUUACUGGAUGCACAUAAAUGUGACAUUUUAAAUGUAUACAAUAUAACACUAUUUAAUUCCUAAUAUUCUCUUUUUUUCCCAAUAUAGAAAGCUGCGCUAGAAGGCACAUUAGCAGAGACAGAAGGUCGGUACUGCACACAACUUUCACAGUUACAAAGCCUCAUCGGUGAUGUUGAGGCUCAGCUUUCAGAGCUCAGAUCAGAUAUGGAACGCCAGAGUUAUGAAUAUAAAAUCCUCAUGGAUGUGAAGACCCGGUUAGAACAAGAAAUUGCAACCUACAGACGUCUCCUAGAGGGAGAAGAGUAAGCACAAUAACGAGAAAGUCUUGAAUACACUAAAAAAAUUUAAAUAAAUUAUAAAAUAUUUAUAUAUAGUUUUUUGGUUUUGCAGGUUGUGGCAAUUUGCCAUCAACAAAUAUGUAAAUAACUUUUUAAACUUUGAAAACAUCAUUGCUGUAUUCUAUUCAUGAUGUUAAGAAUGUCCAUCUAUGGUACUUAUUUAGAUUGGUUCAUAACCUAUAAUGUAAUAAAUUGUCUAUAAAUCCAUUCAGAACCAGAUUAAGGUCUUACAACAUCCAAGAAAAAUAACUAUUUUGUCUCUCCCCACCUUCUAUUUGUUGAAAUACAUCUCAAAUUACACAUUUUAUAAUUUAAUAUAAGUCAAAUCAUAUAGGUGUAAAAUAAAAUCUUACUUUUAAGCAGAUACAGAAAUCAAUAUAGUGAGAUCAAUAUAUAUAUCGAUAUAAAUAGAGAAAUAGUCAGAUAAGGAUAUAUAAAGAGAAACAUACCCCCAGCUGUCCUGAAUAGGUAAAGGUGGCCUGUUGUGAUUUUGGUAUAUGACUGCCAUUUUGGAUUUGUACUCUGGAGUCAUCUGACGUGAGAGCUUCAGUGCCUCUUUUAGACUUACUUGUGUUUAACAAAAAAAACUCAGAGCUUUUCUGAUCAUACACGAGCGCUUUCCAGAUGGGCCAUACUAUGGUGGGUUUGCUAUCACAGGUAAUGAUUAGGCCCCACUGACGCAUCUUCUCUUCAUCAUGGUCUGCUUCACCACUGCAUCACAAGAGCACCUUCUCUAGUCCUGCUCCCCUCCCCAUUUACAUACAGAUGCAGAGAUUGGCAGAGUUUUAUCCUUAGAUACAGUAGCAUGUCACUAUUUUAAAUAGAAUUUACUAGCAAAAGUAUAAAAAUGUUAAAUGUUCCUUAAUUUAUCUUCCAUGAUGUAAAACCCUCUAAACGUCCAGUCACCAUCAACCAAUAAAAAUACAUUACCAUAAUUUGGCCAAUUAUAUAUAAAAUACAAUUUAUUUUGGCAAAUAUUUUAAUCUUACAAAACAAGUUCACGUUCGUUCUUAUAUAUUUUUUAGUAAUGAAAAUCCCUGCAAGGCUCGGAUCUCAGGAUGAGAACAAAACAUUUCUAUCAAAGUGAUUUUACUUUUUUAAUUCUGUUCAGCUUAUAUUAAAUAUUUUGCAUUAUUUUUAUUUGCAAAGGUUUUACGAAGAGAGAUACUGUAAUAUUGCUCUUGUUUUCAUGUACGACCAGGACAUUAAUUUUUUUUAAAAUGUUUCUGUUAAGUUUAUUAUAGAUACCUUGAUCAAAUUUCAAAUAUCAAAUCUCAUUUAGAAUUCUCUUUUUGUUUUUCCCUUAGCAUAUCUUACAAAGAAGGUAAGCCUUUUCCUUUUUUUUUAAAUUUUAUUAAAAACUGUAAAAAAUUAUGUUUAAAACCGUAUGUAAAUACACACGUUAAAAGAUAUUUUUUAUUUGUUACAAGUAAUUUUUUUCUCAAUAGGUAUUAUAUAUAUAUAUAUAUAUAUAUAUAUAUAUACAUUUCAAAUGAUAUAUGCAAUAUAUAUUAUCUAUACAAUAUUUCCUACCAUUAAAAUUAGACUUUUACCCCAUGCAUAUUAUUUUAUUAUUAUUAUUAUUGGUUUUUAUUUAGCGCCAGCAAUUUUAUCAGAGGGGGAGAUUUAACAAUAAAUAAGACAAUUACAAAAACUUACGGGAACAGUAGGCUGAAGAUGACCCUGCUCAAACGAGCUUGCAGUCUAGAGGUGGUGGGGUAUAAAACACAAUAGGACAGGAGAUAGCAGUCAAACAAGGUGGGAAUGAAGCAGAGCUGGAGGAGAGACUGGAGUUCUGCGCUUUAGGAGAGAGCAAAGGGCAGGUAUAUGAGGUAGAGGUUGCUCUAGGAGGCCAUAAGCUUUCCUAAAGAGAUGGGUUUUGAGGGGCUUCUUGAAGGAUUGAAGACUAGAAGAGUGUUUGAUGGUGGUAGGCAGGGUAUUCCAAAGGAGAGGGGCCGUCCGUGAGAAGUCCUGCAAGAGUGAGUUGGUUGUAUGGGUGCAAGCAGUGGAGAGGAGAAGGUCAUGAGUGGUGAGACCGAGAAAGGGCAUACCUUCGGAUCAGUGAAGAAAUAUAGGAGGGGCUAGAAUUGUUCAGUGCUUUAUAGGUGUGGAUUAGUGCUUUGUAUUGACUCUUGUAGGAUACGGGAAAUCAAUGUUAGGACUGACAGAGGGGUGAGGUGUGAGAGGACCAACUAGAGAGGAAAAUCAGUCUGGCGGCAGCAUUCAUUACAGACUGUAGUGGGGCAGUACGGCUAUUGGGAAGACCAAUUAGGAGAGAGUUACAAUAGUCCAUGUGAGAGAUUGUUAGACCGUGGACAAGCUCUUUAGUAGCAUCUUGUGUAAGAAAGGGGCGGAAGCAGGCAAUGUUUUUAAGGUGGAAUUGGCAUAAUUUGACAACAUACCGGAUGUGAUGCUCAAAUGUGAGGCCAGAAUCAAAAGUAACACCAAGGCAACACGCUUGUAAGGAUGGGCUUAUAUGGGUACCACCUACCUGAAGGGAGAGCGAAAGAUUGAGUUUCAGAAAGCAGGAGGACAUCCAAUCAGAGAUAGAAGAAAGGCAAGAGGUGACACGUUGCAGGACAUCAGGGGAGAGGUCCAGGGAGGAGAAAUAUAUCUAGGUGUCACCAGUGUACAGCUGGUAUUGGAAUCCAAAUAAGGUAAUACAUUUGCCAAGAGAGGCUGUAUAAAGAAAAUAGAAGGGGGCCAAGGACGUAGCCUUGGGGGACUCCAACUGAAACAGGACGAAGAGUGGAGGUAUCAUUAGAAAAGGAGAACUGAAUGAGCAUUGGGUGAGAUAGGAGGAAAACCACGAGAGGACAGUGUCACAAAGACUGAGUGAUUGAAGAGUUUGGAGAAGGAUAACAUGAUCAACAAUGUCAAAGGCAGCAGAGAGGUCAAGAAGAAUUAGUAUGAAGUAGUGUCCUUUUCGAUUUAGCUGUGACAAUGUCGUUAGUGACUUUAAUAAGAGUAGUCUCAGUAGAGUGGAGGGGGUGGAAGUGAGACUGAAGAGGGUCAAGGAGAGAGUUGGCUUGAGGAAGCAGAUCAGACGGGUAAAGACUAGUCUUUCAAGAAGCUUUGAGGAAAAAGGGAGCAGGGAUAUAGGACGAUAGUUAGAAGGGGAGGAUGGGUCAAGACAUGUUUUUUCUAAGAUGGGUAAGAUGGCCGCAGCAGGGCAAAGAAGAUAGUUAAAAAUAUCAAAGAGACGCCUGGGUUUGUGAGAGCAUGAGCUGAUAAGAGAAGAAAAGUAUGACUGUUUGGCAAGGGAAAGGGCUGCGCUGUAUGAACGCAAGAUGAAUUUGUAGUGUAGAAAGUCUGAAUUGGUGUGAGACUUCCUCCAGCAGCGUUCAGCAGAAUGGGAACAUCUCUGCAGGCAGUGUGUUGAUUUAGUGUGCCACAGUUGGGGGUGUAUCCUCCUCGAGGUGCAUAUUUGGAGAGGGGCUGCAACGUCCAGGGCAGAGGUGAGGGUAGAGUUAUAUAAGGAGAUAGCCAGUGAGGGAAUGGAUAAUAGUUUGGAAUCAAUAUCAGCUGACAGCUGCUGGAGGUUUAUAGAACUGAGAUUCCUUCUGAGUUGAGGGGGGUUAGGCUGAGGUUGUUGGGGGAGGGGGCUAUUGAGAGCAAAUGAUAGAAGAUGAUGAUCUGAGAGAGGAAAUGGAGUGUUGCAGAUGUUAGAGACUGUACAUUCAUGAGUGAAAAUAAGGUCUAAAGUAUUGCCUGCUACAUGGGUGGGGGAAUUAGCCCACUGUGAUAACCCAAGGGAGGAGGUAAAAGAAAGUAGUUUUGAGGCUGCUGGGGUCAAGGGUGGAUUAAUGGGAAUGUUGAAGUCCCUGAGAAUUACAGAUGGAAUGUUAGAGGAGAGAAAGUAAGGAAACCAGGCAGCAAAGUGGUCAAGGAAGAGAAGUGGGGAACCAGGGGGCGAUAGAUAACAGCAAUGUUAGCAGAGAUGGGUUUUAAAAGGCGGAUUGAAUGAAUCUCAAAUGAUGAGAAAGAGAGGGACAGGGGUGUGGGUAGAGGUUUGAAGGAGCAGUAAGGUAAGAACAGAAACCCUACACCACCAUCCUUAUUUUCAGAGUUUCUUGGGUUGUUGGAAAAUUGAAGACAACCAAAGGAUAAAGGGGGAGAGAGAGCCAUGUUUCGGUUAAUGCUAGUAAUUGUAGGGAACGAGAGAUGAAAAGAUCAUGCAGAGCUGUGGAUUAAGUAACACUGCAAACAGAGCGUGCAUUCCAGAGGGCAGUGUGGAAGGAGGAUUUAAAGGAAGAGUAGCAUGAGAUGGGUAUGAGAUUGGAGUGAUUGUUGGAGUAAGCACAUGAUGGGUUUGCCACAGUGGGACCGGGGUUUGGAGAGACAUCACCAGCUGCUAGGAGAAGAAAGAUAGAAAGGAAGAAAAGAUGGUGGAGAUAAACUGGAAAGGUACAAGUAGAGUGCAUGGGAUGAAUAAAGAGGGGAGGGAAGUAGGGUGGGAGCAAUGAAAAUUGUGUCAGCAGGAACAGGUAGGCAGAAUGACAGAGACAUUUUGCCAAUGAGAGAAGUGAGGGUGAAAGAUUUUAUAUAAUAUAGAAAGAGAAUAGGAGUUUCAAUUAUGCAGAAUUAGAUAUGGUGGUAUCUUAGAGUUACAAGAGAUGGAUGAGGGGUUAAAAGGCAAGGAGUGUGAUAAUUGAGCAGGUGAUGAGUGUUUGAGGGACAUAAUUAGUGUGUUUAGGAUGUCAGGUAAUUUGUGCUAUCUAUAAAUGGAAUGAGAUUCUUGGGGUGGCGUGGGGAGGUGUGGGCGGGAAGCCAUCCAAACGAGCUACCUCUGCAUAAGGCUGUAGCUUGUCUUGGUAGCUGUGAGGCAUGGGAGCUAGUUACUGUUGUGUUUGGGACCCAGGCUGCAAGAAAGAAUCUGGGUUAGAUCAAACAGCAAGUUAAAGGUGGGGAAGAAACAGAUAUUGAAGUGAGAAAUGGCAGUCAGUGAGGAAAAAUAAAUAAACAGAGGAGAAAGUAUUUGAGAUUUAAAGAUAUGAGGAUAGGUCAUAAAUGGUGAACAUAAAUUAACAAGACUAUCAGCAAUAACUCCAAACUAACAAAAAUAGGGGUAGGUCAUAAAUGGUGGUCGGAACUUAACAAGACUAACAAAAUAAACAUUUAUGUAAACAAGAGUUUAGCAUGGACGGUACAAAGUUAACAAUCAAGCAGUUAUGCUAAAGGUGAGAGAAGCAAAAAGAGAGACUAAGAAAUAGAUAUAUAAAAUAAGUGGUGCAGGAAUUCUUAGAAGACCACCUAAAAGAGCUACCUCUGCAUAAGGCUGCAGCUUGUCUUGGUAGCUGUGAGUUCUGAGACCUAGUUACUGUUGUAAGUAUUGAGGGCUAUAUGUUUACAAUACAUCUACUGUUGAUAUUGUGUUACUGCUACAGUGAUUUGUUGGUGUAUCAUUUAAUGUCUAACAGAUUUAUUUUCUAUUUUAGGUCCCCAAACCACACGCCAAAUUCGCACCAUAAUAGAGGACACCAUCGAUGGAAAAGUUGUCUCAAGCCAAGAAAAAGUUCAUAAGGCAAACUACUAAAUAAAAAAAUGGCUAAGAAGUCAGAACCCAGAAAAACGCUAUAUUUUACAAAGCAAAAAUGUUCUACAAAAUCAACAACAAUAAUCGUUAAAAAUACGAUACAGUAUUACAAAACAAAAGCACGAUUUAUCCACGACAUGUUGUUUUGGGUUCUGUCCAUUAGUCAUUGCUGUCAGGUCACUUUCUAUCUGGUCUUGACCUGAUAGUACAGUUUUUUAAAUUACUAUACAAGGUGUUUCUAUAUAUAUCUCUUUCCAAUAAAGUUAUAAGCUUUUUUCAUGCA